AUGCCAUGGUUUCUUCAUAACGCUGCCAGAGGGCUUAGACUGUACAGUACCGUCAUUCCUCAGGUGGUCUUGCGCCCAUACCAGGAGUCUUGUCUUGCGGCUUGUCUUGAUGCUUUGAAGUCUGGAUCGAGUCGCAUUGGUGUCUCGCUGCCUACAGGCUCCGGCAAGACAACCGUGUUUCUGUCUCUCCUUUCUCGCAUUCUUCCUCCAGCGAAGAAUCCUAGCGCCAGACGGUCGUUGAUCGUGGUGAACAGUGUAGAACUUGCCAGACAGGCCGCAGCUCAGGCAGAGAAGCUCUUUCCUACUUGGAGUAUUGAGAUCGAACAGGGUGCUAAAUAUCAUGCAUCUGGAUUGGCGGAUAUCACCGUUGCAACGUACCAAACGUUGCUGCGGCCACAGCGGUUGGCUAAAUUCGACCCCCAUACCCUCAAGGCCGUCAUCAUAGACGAGGCGCAUCAUGCUGCUGCUCCCUCAUACCGUCGGAUACUAUCCCACUUUGAUGCAGCAAUACGUAGCCCUGACUCAACAUUUGACCCUCCUGCUCUGCCCCAUUCUAUUCCAAUACUCGGCUUCUCAGCAACAUUUAGUCGACACGAUGGGCUUGCGCUCGGUUCUGUAUUUGAGCGCAUCGUAUAUCACCGCGACUUUCUGGAAAUGAUCAAAGAACAAUGGUUGUGCAACGUUCGCUUCACCUCCGUCCAAGCCAACAUUGAUCUCAGCGAGGUGACCGUGAACGCUCGCACUGGUGAUUUCAAUCCUACCAGUCUAGCACAUGUCAUCAAUACCGACACCGUCAACAGACUCGUCGUUCAAACGUGGCUAGACAAGGCGGGCACGCGCAAAUCGACCCUCGUAUUUUGCGUGAAUCUCGCUCAUGUGCGGGAGCUGACGAAUGCAUUCCGGGAUGCUGGAAUGGACGCGCGGUAUGUCUACUCAGGCACACCCGUGGCUGAGCGGAAGAUCCUCGUAGAAUCGUUUAGGGCGGGACAGUUUCCUAUUCUUGUGAACUGUGCUGUCCUGACGGAAGGCACGGAUAUACCAAACAUUGACUGUGUGCUUGUGGCGAGACCUACCCGCUCGCGUAACAUAUUUGCUCAGAUGAUUGGUCGCGGGAUGAGACUUUCACCAUCAACAGGCAAAGAGGACUGUCAAAUAAUUGAUUUUGUAGAUUCCACGAAUCGAGUGCCCGGUGUCAUCUCAACUCCCACAUUAUUCGGGCUUGAUCCGUCCGAACUGAUCGACGGUGACACUACACAGUCGCUGGAGCAGCGCGCCCUGAAGCUCCUAGGUGACGAUGGCGGCAAGCCCAAACGGUCCGACAGCAAGAGUGUAAUCCCGGACCCAAAGUCGGUGACUUACGUGGACUAUGACAACCCAUUCGCCCUGGUUGACGACGCUGGUGGCGCGCCCCAUGUGCGAAAGCUGAGCAGCAAUGCUUGGGUUGGAUGCGGCGACGACGUAUAUAUUCUUGAGUGUAUGGGCAAGGGUUAUAUACGCAUCGAACCCGUCAAGGCAGAUGAAGGCAAAGCUCAUUUCACUCCUGCCAACUUGUCCAUGGUCACCGCUUUUACUCUGAAGCUCUCUCCUUAUCAGCGAAGCCGGCAGAUCCUCACUGCGCCUACGCUUGUGGAGGCGAUCCGAGGUGCUGACACUUACGCAGUCUCGAAAAUUGUCAAGGGAUCAUUAGUCAUGGGUCUUCUCCGCUCCGCUCACUGGCGAAGGGAGCCCGCCACGGAAAGCCAAAAGAAAUGGAUCGAGAAACGGCGGACAGGUCGUCGCUCAACCAGUACUUCUGAGAAACUGCAUACCCAGGGGCGCGAUGCGUCGGGAAAGAUAAAUACACUCACAAAGGGAGAAGCAGCAAACAUUAUCACUCGACUUAAGCACGGUGCCCAGGCUCGUUACAAGAGGAAAAUCAAGGAAGAGCUGAAGAAAGCAGAAAAUCUGGCCAAGGAAAUGAGGAGGAGAGUAAGGGAAGAAGUACAAGUUGGACCUCUAUCCAUAUUAGAAUAG